AUGUUAAUUUGUAUAAUUUCAAUUAAUAAAUAUACAAAAUAUGAUUCAAAUAAAAGAUUUAAAGAAUUGAGUGGUGAAGAAGAAGAAGAAAAGAAGAAACUUUUAAUGAAAAUUAAAGAAUUGAAUAAAUUAAAUCAAGAAUUUCAAGAUAAUUUCUCAUCAAUUCAAUCUCAUAAUAGAAUAUUACAGGAUCAAAUCGAUCAAUUACAAUUAGAGAAUAUACAAUUACAACAACAAUUAAUUAAUGGCGGUAAUGGUAGUGAUAAUACUACUACCAAUAACAAUAGUAAUAAUAAUAAUACAAAUGAUAAUUGUACAAUUAUUGGUAGUUUAGCAGAUGAAUUAAGACAAUCAAAUAUAUUUGAAAAUCAAGAAAUUAAACAACAAAAACAUGAAGAAGAGAUUAAAUUAAUUAAAGAAGAGAUGGAGAAACAGUUACAAUCAUUUUCAAUUCAACAACAAAAGAGUAUUCAAGAUAAGGAUAAAGAAAUCUUUGAAAUUAAAUCUGAAUUUCAAGUUAAAAUCGUUGAUUUGGAAACAUUAUUAUCAGAUAGAUUAGAGUUAAUUAAAGAAUAUUUAACACGUAUUGAAGAGUUGGACCAAUUGGUAUUGGUUGGUGAAUUUAAAUCAAAUGAAAAAGAUAAAAUCAUUGAGUCUAUUCAACAAUCAAUUAAUGAGAAAGAUUUUGUCAUUGGUAAACAUGUUGAAUCAAUUCAUUCCAUUCAAGAGUUAUUAGAGGUUAAAGAGAAUCAAUUAAUUGAAAAAGAUUUAGAAAUUAAAGUUAAAACUAAGCAGUUACAUGAAAAGGAUCAAUUGAUAUUAGAGUUUGAAUCAUCGAUAAUCGAAAAGGAUCAAUUGAUAAAAGAGAAAUCGGAAUUGAUUCAACGUCAAUCCAAUGAUAUCAUAGAGUUGGAGAAUACAUCCUCCACUAAAGAUCAAUUGAUUAGAGAAAAAGAUGACCUAAUUAAAGAGAAACAACAAUUGAUUAAAGAUCGUGACCAAACUAUUCAAGAGAAAGUUGAGAUCAUUACUAAUCAAACCACUUCAAUUAAUGAGCUUCAAUCGGUUACAAACGAUAAAGAUAAAAUCAUCAAAGAGAAAUUAGAUUCAAUCGAAGAGAAAUUAUCAAUCAUUAGAUCAUUGGAAUCUUCUUCAAUUAAUAAAGUUGAACAAUUUGAAAGUUCAAUUGUUGAAAAAGAUCAAAUCAUAAUUCAAUUGAAAAAAGAGAUUGAAACUAUUCGUUUUGAUCUUUCAAAUUCUAAAUUAACUCAAGAUCAAUUAAAUAAAGAACUGGAAAAGUUAAUGUCACAAUUUAAUCAAUUAGAAUUAGAAUCACAACAAAGAUUACAAUUAUUACAAGAAAAAGAUAAAUUAUUACAAGAUAAACAAAUUCAAACUGAUCAAUUAAAUGAUAGUUUAGUAGAAUUACAAUUGAAAUUUUCAACAAUCACUGAUAUUCAUAGUAAAUGUGAUUCAAAUUUAUUAUUACUUUCAAAUGGUUUAAAUGAUAGAUUCAAUGAUUUAUUAGAUUCAUUUAAUAAUUCAUUAGAGUGUUAUCAAUUGAAAUUUAAUAGAAUGGGUGAAAAUUAUAAAGAGAAAUGUUUAGAGAUUAAAAGAUUAUUAUUACAAACUAUUGAAUUUGAACAAAUUAUUGAACAAUUGAAAUUACAAAUUCAAGAGUUAACUACACAACAUCAACAAGAUAAAGAGAAAUCUGAAUUAUUAAUUGUAGAGUUAUUAGAUAAAAAAGAGGAAUUUGAUUCUAUUCAAAUUGAAUUAACUCAAUUAAAGAGUGAAAAUCAAGCAUUACAAGUUAAAGUUGAAGAGAAAACUAGAAAACAUCAAGUAUUAAAGAGAGAGCUAUCAAUGCAAAUGGAUGCAAAGAAACAAGAGGAAUUGGAACAAGAGAAAAAGAGACAAAUUCAAGAACAAAUCAAUAGAGUAGUUAAACCAACUCAAUCAAAAGAUUAUUAUAUUGAAGAGGAAGAACCAUUGAUUAACUAUGUCAAUACGAUUGAACAACUCUUGGUAGAUAAACAUAUUAAACAUGUUUUCCCAAUAGAUUCAACUAAACAUAUCAUUCAUUCAUUCUAUGAUGGUGUAUUACUUUGUAAAUUGGUUAAUUUUGCACGUGAUGGUACAAUCGAUGAAAGAGUUUUAAACAUUGAACCAACUAGUAACAUUGAAAUCGAUCAAAAUUUAAAUUUGGUUUUCAAUUCUGCAAAGGCAAUCGGUUGUGUUAUACCAUCAACUAUCUCACCUACAACUCUAAAAUCUGAUCCAAAAGAAAUGGUUAAUCUAUUAUAUGAAUUGGUUAAAGUUCAAAUAACAUCUUCAAUCAAUAUAAACACUUAUCCAACUCUAUUGGUUUUAAAAGAAACUCAUGAAGAUAUGAAACAUUUCAUCGUUCAAUCAACUAAUAAACUAUUGUUACGUUGGUUCAUUUAUCAUUUAGCUUUAGAUAAAACAAAACUAUCAUUGGAUCAAUUGGCUUCGUCACCUUCGAAUUUAAUUAAACUAUUCAUAUCGCUAGAGAAAGAUUUGGCAGCAAAUGGUGGUACAGCUCUAUUACAACAAUCAUCAGUGGACCAACAAUCAAAAGAAUCUGAUGAAUUCAAAUGGAUCAUUGAACAAUCUAAACAAACUUUUAAUAUAUUCCAAUGGUUAAAUUUAGAAUCAAUUCAAAAUAGAAAUCAAAAAUUAAUUUAUCUAUUCCUUUCAAGUAUUUUCAAAUCAGAGAAAGGUAUUGGUAUAAAAGCUUCGGAAUCUUCGACUAAAGUAAUCGAAGAACAACGUGCUUUGGUUGAAAAAGUAAAUUUAGAUGUUGAAGGUACAAGAGAAGAACGUGCUUUCUGUAUGUGGAUGAACUCUUUGAACAUUAAACCCUAUGUUAAUAAUUUACAACAGGAUCUUCAAGAUGGUUUAGUCAUUUUACAAAUGUUUGAUAAAAUUAAAUCUGGCUCUGUCAAUUGGAAAGAGGUUAAUAUUUCACCUUCAAAUGCAUAUAUGGCAUUGGAGAAUUGCAACUAUGGGAUAUCCAUUGCAAAACAAUUACGUUUCUCUCUCGUUGGUAUUGGUGGUAAAGAUAUUCAUGAUGGUAAUCGUAAAUUAACUUUGGCUUUGAUUUGGCAAGCUUGUAAAUAUCAUUUAUUAUCUUUAUUGACAAAUUUACGUCUAUCAUUAUUGAAGGAUUCCUCAAGUGGUGAUUUAUCUCUAAGUUCUUCCUCCACCUCCUCAACUUCUUCAUUCUUUAAUGAAGGUGAAAUUAUUCAAUGGGCAAAUAAAAAGGUUUUAAAACAUGGUAAAUCAACUUGUAUCACUGGUUUCAAAGAUCAAUCCAUUGGUAAUGGUAUCUUUUUGAUUGAUCUAUUAGAUUCAAUUCAAAGUGUUGUAAACUAUUCUAUCAUUACCAAAGGUGAAACUUUUGAAGAAAAGAAAUUAAAUGCUCAAUACAUCAUUAAUGUUGCUAGAAAGAUAGGUUGUUGUAUAUUUGUAGUUUGGGAAGAUCUCGUUGAAGUUAAACCUAAAAUGAUUUUAACCUUUAUUUCAAUGUUAAUGUGUUUUGAUCAAGAGCAACAACAAAAUUUAAAUAAUCCUCAACAAUUUGAAAAACUUCAAGAAAAUAAUGAUUGUCCAUUAUAA